AUGACAGCUCAGGCCAUUUUCAGAGUUAUCCUUGGACCAGACAGUAGUCAGAGGGUCAUGAUUUCUGCUGGUUUGCCUUCAAUUGUUGCUGAACUGGAGGCUGAAAUAAAGACUCAAUGUAAAAUAGUGGAACCCUUCCGGCUGCAUUUUAUGGACACGCUUUUUGGCAAUGAGUUUGUGAACUUAACUUCAAUGGAAGAAAUACAAGACAAAGCAACAAUCAAAGUUAUAUACACAUCCUACCAACCUCAUGAUCCAGGUGAAGACAGUUUAUCUAUUGCUUCAGGCAGCGCUCCUGAUGACACCUCAUACAGUUCUGGUGAUAGCACCAUCAUUCUUUCAUCUUCAGAGUCAACAUCAUCAUCACGGUCUUGUUGGCCAGAUUUGUUCUGCGUUCCCCGUUUCACGUACGAUGCUGAAAUUAAGCUAGAGAAGGCCCAUGUAGCUUUCAAAGAAAAUGGGAUGCUGUUGAUUCCUGAUCCAAAGUUAAAGUCUGACAUAUUAGAGGGCUUGAUCCAGGAGAUAGUUAAGCACACAGUUUAUCUUACAGACAGUAAGUUUGACCAAGUUGCAGAGGCACUCAUCCUGAGACACCCAUGUUUAAAAGAAAAAGGCUCACCCAGUGGCUAUGCAGGAUGGAAAAUGAGCCUCAAAUACAAGUUGUCAAACUAUCGCACACAUCUUCGAAAAGUAGGGUGUCCUGAAGUAUGUGUGAAUUCUUUAAAACAUAAACCAGCUGAGAAAUGCUCCCCUGCUUUUGAUGUUAAAAGACCAAAGAGGGGUGAAGUGGAUUACUGCCCCUCUUUUCCUCUUGGAGAAAGUGAACAGUCCCUUGAGGAGAUGAGGGUUGAACUCCUGUCAGAUGUGAAGAAGCGCAACAACAGAGAGACAAUUAAAAAGAAAAUGGAUGCAACAUUUGCAUUGAGGAGACAAGAAAUUGUCUAUGAUGAUCCCAUGAUCAGUGAUGUACAAGAGAGAUGGUCAGCUCUUUUUUAUGCAGCAGAGAUAAAUGCGGAAUUCAAGCGCAUCACAACAAUGCCUCUACAAUCAAGAUUUCUGUCGCAGCUUGACUUUCUUUCUGAAAGUCUGCUGAGAGUGUUUGCAAAGCGAUCGGGUGAGCCGGGCAAAAAGCUGAAAAACAUAGCUGCCACAAUGACGGAUGACACUGAUGUUCGAAGGGAGUCCCUCAUCAAAGGACUCUGCAUCUAUCUGAAUGAGAGUCCUGAUGUCUUGGUGCAGGAGUACAUGGACAUGGCUGAGGCUGCUACACUGAGUGCAAUUGAAAAAACUACAGUGGGCAUCUACGUCACCAGAGAGACGCCAGGCAGUGACUCUUCUGAUGUUGGCAUCAUCAUUGAAGGUGUUGUGGUUCUUCAGGACCUUGAUAACGUGGCCCUUGCAGUAGCCAUGUUGUUUGGACUUUUUUACUCCUUGAACAUGAGAUACCCAUCACAACUACGCUUCACUUUUGAGGUGAUUCAAAAGUUGGUAAUGGAGUUGGAUGCAACUCAGCUCUCAAGAAAAGCUCAAAACUUGAAAACAAAACUGCUCCUGUAA